UGUCCACCUACACAUAUUCUCAUCCUCAAAUAAUCCUCCUGGCCGGUUUUCCGGUUUGGUUUUCUGGUUCGUAUACGGUGCCGGCCCGAGCCAUCAUGAUGCGAUUCCUUCAAUUGCCAUGUGGCCUCGGAGCGGCCCUCUUAAUGGCUAUAUGUUGGAACCCAAUCCAUGUUGUAGCUGAACCGUCUGUCAAUGUCGCUAUGAAAGCUGCCUUUCCGGCCCCACCAUAUCUCAUUGAGCUCCUGGAGACUGCUGCCGGAGAAAACGAGACAUCCUACUUCCCACUCCUCGAUCGAAUCGCCGAAGGCGCUUUUGCGCAUGCGAAGAGGGACAAGGAGCUAUAUGAGGACUUUCUCCAAGUUCUCAAGCAGGAUGGCCAUAUACGGGGUUCUGAGGCUUUGUCCACCUUCAAGCUUGCCCUCUCCCUGAGGUCGGCCGCCCCCAGGAUAGAGGCGCAUUACCAAUACUAUGAUACCGCUGUGACACCCGCCAUUGGAGAAGCUGGAGAGGAUUGCUCCGAGUGGGUACUACUAAAUGGGAAACAGUAUUGCUCGGCUUCCCUCACGAACGCGAAAGGAGACAUCUCAGACGGCUCGCAAUCGCGGUCCCUUCCCUUCGAUCGUACCUUGGGAACCGGCCCCGAGGCAAUUCUAUAUGCGGACAUCACCGACCCCGGUUUUGGGCCUUUCCACGAGUCCCUAGCACGUAUGGCACGAGAGGGGGAGAUUUCGUACCGGUUACGAUACCGCAUCGGUCAAAAGGAGAAGCGAGAGGCUCUACCAGUCAACGGCUACGGCGUGGAACUUCAGCUGAAACGAACCGAUUAUAUUGUCAUCGACGACCGCGAGGCUCAAGCUGAACCUGUAGCCGAUUUCAAGUCCACGCUUCCCGAUGUAGUGCUUGACGGCGAAGAGGAGGUCACAGACCUCAAGCCACUAUCUAGCUCCGAGUUAGCGACCCUGGGGCUCAAGGCUGGUUCCUUUAUUAUGCAGAGCGACCACCCCUUUCAGACGUUAAUCAAAUUGACCCAAGAUUUCCCAAAGUUCUCGUCUUCGAUUGCGACACACAAUGCUUCGGACGCGUUCGUCACCGAACACCGCCAAAAUAGGGUCUUAGGGGUUCCCGCCGGGAUGAAUGUCCUGUGGAUGAAUGGUGUCCAGCUGAUUGAGCGACAAGUCGACCCAUACACCCUCAUCGACAGCAUUCGUAGGGAGAGAAAGCUCAUCAAGGGCGUGACAGAUUUAGGUCUGAGUGGGAGAGAGGCCGUAUCCUUACUCGGCAAUCGUGAGGUGACAAUGGCCAAAUCCGACGACGAGCCCCGUCGAUAUGACUGGCGAGACAAGAUUGAAGAAGGUCGCGUUAUUAUCUUUCUGAACGACGUAGAGAAAGAUAAGCGAUAUGCUGAAUAUCCCAGCAGCCUCGCAGGACUUAUGCAAAGGAUCUACCCGGGACAAAUCCCCCCAAUCCGUAAGGACAUGUACAAUGCGAUCGUCCCAGUCGACUUAACCAAGUCGGAAGAUCUAUCUCUAGUCGUUGAACAGCUUCAGGGCUUUAUCAAGAGGUUACUACCUGUCCGCUUUGGACUGGUCCCAUUAACGCCGACGAAGGAGGCUGAAGAGCGAGCGAAAUUGGCCUACUACCUGCUCGAUAAUCACGGACUAUCGGGCUUGAUGUCGUACUUGGAGGCUUGCAGCACCGGGAAACAAGCAGUACAAUCUGAGCAGGCAAGCUUUGACAAGGCAGUCAAAAACACGACUCCCAAAGCCGACGCAACUCCCCUUUCGCUUGAGGAGGUUCUCGAGUCGGAAGACUACUCGAAACAGGUAGAGCUCGCGAAACAUUGGGUGGGACGUCUUAACGCCGGCACCGAGGUGCCGCCCAUAUUCCUUAAUGGUCUCACUAUACCGCGUGAAAAUAACUGGCUCCAGAUCAUGAGCAUGAGGUUGAGCAACGAUUUACAGGCGAUCCAACAAGGGGUUUUCUUAGGCACCGUCGACGAAGACACGUGGAUUCCCGGGCUCUUCUUGGAGAGUGCCGCGACCCGGCGCAAUCCAUACAUCGUCCCAGAGCACGAUGACACACUCACGGUCUUGAAUGUCAAUAAGCUUUACUCGGAGAACGAUGAUCUAUUCGAUCGUAUUCCCUCCAUUGAAGCGAGCGAGGAGACAAGCAGGGAGACAUGGGCUACCCUCACCGUUGUCGCCGAUUUAACCUCACAGCAAGGCCUCCAGCUUUUGUUAUCCGCCUUGUCAUUCCGACGCAAUAACCCCGGCGUCCGCCUCGAUGUCGUCCAUAACCCAGUAUCAUCCUCAGACGCCUACAAGAUCAACGCAUUGCUCAAGAAGGACAUCUCCGAACUCUCGGAAGUUGAGGAUUUGACCACACUCGAAGGUCUCCUAGAUAGUCCGAUUGAAGCGCACGAUGACAGAUACGAUGUCGCCCUGUCGAGAUUUUUGACAACGGCCGCGGUUGUUCCUGGCACUCAGCUCCUAAUUCUCAAUGGACGCGUGGUCGGCCCAUUUACCGCCGACUCGCCAUUUAAAGAGGAUGACUUCCAGCAGCUGCUCGAUUUUGAGCAAGCAACCAGGAUUCUACCUGUAUACAAGGCGCUGGAAACGCUAGGGUUAACCGACAAGAUCACUAGCCCGCUGGCUGCUGCAAAGCUCACGUCGAUCACGGCUCUAUCUACCAUCUCUGAUCUGCCCGAAGGCAUAUUUGAGUCUGCUCCCACCCUGAGAACAACCUCGUACGAUAAAUGGAACUCGACUCACACCAUGAUCGACGUCGGUGAUGCGUCUACGGCGAACAUCCAUUUUGUUGCCGUUAUCAACCCCGCAAGUGAACUAGGACAGAAAUGGGCUCCAAUACUCGAGGUCUUGUCCGAACUUGAUGGCGUAUACAUGCGCAUAUUUUUGAACCCCAAAGAGAAACUCGAGGAGCUCCCAGUCAAGAGAUUCUACCGUUACCUGCUGAGCUCGGCGCCUUCUUUCGAUGAGAACGGGAAGCUCGGUUCCCCGGGAGCAACGUUCAGGGGGCUUCCAUCUGAGGCUCUCCUGAAUCUUGGCAUGGAUGUACCGCCCGCCUGGUUGGUUGCGGCAAAGCAUUCCGUUCAUGACCUAGACAAUCUGAAAUUGGGCUCCAUCAAAAUGGAUGUAGAUGCCGUUUACGAGCUCGAGCAUAUUCUCAUCGAGGGUCAUUCUCGAGAGGUCCCUGCGGGAAGCCCACCUCGGGGUGUGCAGUUACUGCUCGCUACUGAGCGAGAUCCCCAUUUUGACGAUACAAUCAUCAUGGCCAAUAUUGGUUACUUCCAAUUCAAGGCUAACCCCGGUUAUUACAACAUUCGUCUCAAGGAAGGGAGGAGCUCAGAGAUCUUCAACAUCAUUAGUGUCGGUGCGAAAGGGUAUAACGCCGUCCCGGGCGAUGAGGGUACCGAGGUUGCGCUCAUGGAUUUCCAAGGCACGACUCUAUACCCGCGCCUUGAGAGAAAGCCCGGUAUGGAUCUCGAAGACGUUCUUGGGGAAAGCACAGAAGAGCCCAGCGGCGACCUCCUUUCGCGGGGGCUGAAGUUUGCCGAAGGGAUCCUCGGCGGCUCGAAACCCAAGCCGAAGUCAGUCUCUGCCGAAGAGCACGCCGAGAUCAACAUCUUCUCCGUAGCCAGCGGCCACCUAUACGAGCGCAUGCUCAACAUCAUGAUGGUGUCUGUCAUGAAGAAUACAAACCAUACGGUUAAGUUCUGGUUCGUCGAACAGUUUUUGUCACCGUCUUUCAAAGACUCCAUACCCCACCUAGCCAAGGAGUAUGGCUUUAAAUACGAAAUGGUGACGUACAAGUGGCCGCACUGGCUCCGCCAGCAGAAGGAGAAGCAGCGGCAGAUUUGGGGCUACAAGAUACUCUUCCUCGACGUCCUAUUCCCGCUCUCCCUGGACAAGGUCAUAUUCGUUGACGCGGACCAGAUCGUCAGGACCGACAUGAUCGACCUCGUCAACCACGACCUCGAGGGCUCUCCCUACGGCUUCACCCCGAUGUGCGACUCGCGGACGGAGAUGGAAGGCUUCCGGUUCUGGAAGCAGGGGUACUGGAAGAACUACCUGCGAGGCAACCCAUACCACAUCUCAGCGCUGUACGUGGUGGACCUGCGGCGGUUCCGGCAGUUGGCGGCCGGGGACCGGCUGCGGCAGCAUUACCACCAGCUGUCGGCGGACCCGGGCUCUCUCGCGAACCUGGACCAGGACCUGCCGAACCACAUGCAGUUCGUGAUCCCGAUCCACAGCCUGCCGCAGGAGUGGCUGUGGUGCGAGACGUGGUGUAGCGACGAGAGCCUGCGCGAGGCGCGCACUAUCGACCUAUGCAACAACCCGCAGACGAAGGAGCCGAAGCUCGACCGCGCGCGCCGGCAGGUGCCCGAGUGGACUGCGUACGACGACGAGAUCGCAGCGCUCGACCAGCGCCGGCGGAAGGAGACAUCCCUCGUGGGCGGCGCGGACGCUGCCCAGGAGGUCCUCGGUAGCGAUGAGGGUGCGGGUGACGGAGUAGGAGAAAAGAACACCAAGAGCAGACGCUUCGAGGGGGAGCCAGAGCCGAAGACGAGGACGAAAGACGAAUUGUAGAUUUCACCCAUUUUGUUCUCAGUCCCUCCAUCGUAUAUACGUCCCUAUAUCGGAAACGGAGUACCCGUCCGCAGAUGGGUUGAAUAGUUACACCCUGAUACCAUGUAUGCAUAGCGGCUCGAGCUAGUUCACAUCUUGACGCGUCGUUCCGGUGCUGCCC